GACUCAAUUCUGGGAGCAGGGAAGUAAGCAUUAACCAGGCACAUUUCUUGGGACCCCAAGCCUCAUUUUUCUUCCCAGUAAAAUGGGAAGGUUAAUGUGAAUGACAAAAGAUUAAAUGUGAUAAUAUACACGUGUCCGGUGUCCCCCUGAACCUAAUUACAGCUCCUUGAACAUCAAGGUCAAUUUAAAAGGGAGCCAUUAGUGUUACAGCCCAGGCUCAAGAUCCCAUCUGCCUUAGACUAAACUAAGGGGCAAAGCCUUGCAGCACUCUCAUCUUUGACUAACCUAAAAACUCUGGGUCCCUGGGCAGGUUAGACAUUUUCGAGAAAGCUCAGCUGAGCACUGGCCUGUGGGAGGUGCAAUAAGGAAGGGUGAAGCAAAUGAGAAAUUGCUAAGUUCUUGGGGACACACAGCCUCAGAAUAAAACCUUGUUGCGACCUCAACAUGGCUGAAGGUCACCUGCCUCGACUUGGGAAGACAAAAAGCUGACACGUGUACCCAGCUUCCCUUCAACAAACGAGUGCAUUUUAGAGAACAGGAGAUAAUGAGCGAAACAGCGAUACGUCCCACAGAGAAAAAGCCGGCGCGGAGGGGAGAGCGAACGCUGGGACAACGGUCGGCUUUACAGGAGGGUACUGUGAGGUCUCGGCGGAGGGACCCGAGCAAGGAGCCACGAGGAUGUCCGGGGCGAGGCCGCACAGCCAGCGCUCGGGCGUUUAUAUGGAUCGGUUAACACGGCCUGGCUCAAAAAGAGGCUUCAGGAAAUAAGGGAUAAAUGCGAUUUUAGGUAAGAGCACUUGAGGCCUCUGCGCUCCAGCUGCACGUUUCCGGCUCCGGAAGCAGAGGAGCUGGAAUCCGCGUAGGGCCCGGGCGGCGAGCUCGGGGGCGGCAUCUCUAAGCUCAGCGGCGCCGAGAGUGCCUUGGCCAGCGGCGCGCCGCAGCCAGCCGUCCUCCGCAUCGGCCCCGGCACGGACUCCUGCUUUAACAGGCGCUGGAAGCAGGAAUCUGCGUUUUCCAGCCCAGGGCCGCCGUAGCUGCACCGCGGGAAGCCUCAACACUGCGGGAUUCCAGGGUCCGGCCGGUUUCCCCGCGUGCCGCUCGCUUCCGGCCGGCGCCACCGCGUCAUCACGCGGCGCCGGAAGUGCCUUCGCGCUGCCUUGGAGACGGGACGCGGGGCCCUCGGCUGACGCUGCCCGGCCGGCCGCGCCCACCCGGUCGCCAUGGAGCUGCCCCCUGGGCCACGAGACGAUCCCCGCGCCUGGGACGAUGACUCGGAGCCGGAGCCGGACCCCGACCCCGACGCGCAGGCCGAGGCUUACGUGGCCCGCGUGCUUAGUCCGCCGAAAGCGGGGCAGGCGCCCCUGCGCGCCCCUUUGCUGUCCGCGCCAGUCGCGUCCCCUGGCGCCCUGGAGCCGCGGGCGGCGUCCAAGGGUCCGCCCGUGGGGGUCCCGGGACUGCUCAGCCUUCCUCCGGAGCUGCUGCUCGAGAUCUGCGCCUACCUAGACGCGCGCCUGGUGCUUCACGUCCUCCCGCGCGUGUGCCACGCGCUGCGCGACCUCGUGCGUGACCAUGUCACCUGGAGGCUACGCGCGCAGCGCCGCGUACGCGCGCCCUACCCAGUUGUGGAAGAGGAGGACUUUGACUGGCCAACAGCCUGCAUUGAGUUGGAGCAACACCUGUCGCGCUGGGCAGAGGAUGGGCGCUGGACUGAGUACUUCUGCUUGGCUGAUGGGCACUUUGCUUCCAUUGACUCGGUCCUGCUGCUCCAGGGUGGUGCGCUUUGUUUGUCGGGCUCCCGGGAUCGCAAUGUCAACCUGUGGGACAUGCGGCAGUUGGGGGUAGAGCCCAGCCAGGUUCUAGUCAAGGCCCUGGGAACUGAGAAGAACAGCACCCACAAGGGCUGGGUGUGGUCGCUGGCAGCGCUGGACCACCGCGUGUGCUCUGGUUCCUGGGACAGCACGGUGAAGCUCUGGGACAUGGCAGCAGAUGGGCAGCAGUUCGGCGAGAUAAAGGGCAAGGCAGCUGUGCUGUGCUUGUCCUACCGGCCUGACAUCCUGGUGACUGGCACCUAUGACAAGAAGGUGACCGUCUACGACCCCAGAGUCGGCCCGGCCCUGCUGAAGAGCAGGCGGCUGCACUCAAGUGCGGUGCUGGCGCUGCUGGCGGACGACCGGCACAUCAUCUCGGGCAGCGAGGACCACACGCUCGUGGUGUUUGACCGCCGAGCCAACAGUGUCCUGCAGCGACUGCAGCUGGACUCCUACCUGCUCUGCAUGUCCUACCGGGAGCCCCAGCUCUGGGCUGGUGACAACCAGGGCCUGCUGCACGUCUUCGCCAACCACAGUGGCCGCUUCCAGCUUGUCCGGUCUUUUGACGUGGGCCACAGGUCUCAGAUCACAGGGAUCAAACACUCACUGGGGGCCUUGUACACCACGUCCACUGACAAGACCAUCCGGGUGCACGUGCCCACGGAUCCACCAAGGACCAUCUGCAUGCGAAGCCACAACAAUGUGCUGAAUGGGGUAAGACCCUGCCCUAUGCCCCCCGCCUGGCUGCCCAGAACGCCCCUGACUACCUAUGUCCCUGCCCUCCCAGAUCUGCGCUGAGGGCAACCUGGUGGUGGCUGCCUCCGGGGGCCUAUCGCUGGAGGUCUGGAGGCUGCAGGCCUGAGCUGCCAGACGUGGAGGUGGCGGUGGAUCUGCCGGCCCACAGGCUGGGCCGCGGCCUCUGUUCUCGGGGGACCUUCCCCUGUGCUGGUGCUGUCUCUGCCUUCUCCCAAAGCCCUGAGGCACAUGGGGUCCGGGCCAUGGUGAGGCAGGGUCCUUGGACUGUGCCCCACGCCAGGGAAGGUGAGGUUGUUCAGGCCCACCCAGGGUACGGCUCCCUCCCCUGGGCCCUGUUUUUGUUAAGGUUUGGAUACCUGCUUUCCCUUGAGAGCGAAGGAGAAAUAAACCUGAUGUACUGCUGUCA